GGCCGUGGCUCCAUCCCUCCUUCUUCUCCUCCCUCCAUCCUUCAUCCUUCCUUCCUUUCUUUCCUUCCUUCCAGGGAGAGGAUGGCGACGGAGGAGCUGGCGGGGAAGCUGAGCCGCCGCCUCCGGGUGGAAGAGGAAGGAGGAGGGGGCUCGGAGGAGGAGGAAGGGCUCAACGGGCCUCUGCAGAGGAGGGUCGGAGCGGGGGCCUCCUCCUCCUCGGACUCGCCCCCCAUCCCGGGCUCGCCCCACCGCGUCUUCAGCCCUUACACCGAAUUCCGGGAAUUCUCCCGCAAGCAGAUCAAGGACAUGGAGAGGCUCUUCCGGCAGUACGACGCAGGGAAAGACGGCUUCAUUGACCUGAUGGAGCUGAAACGGAUGAUGGAGAAACUUGGCGCUCCGCAGACACACCUUGGCUUGAAGAACAUGAUUAAGGAGGUGGAUGAAGACUUUGAUGGCAAGCUCUCCUUCCGAGAGUUUCUCCUGAUUUUCCGCAAAGCCGCUGCUGGAGAGUUGGAGGAAGACAGUGGCUUGCAUGCCUUGGCCCGGCUGUCAGAGAUCGACGUCUCAACGGAAGGGGUCAAAGGGGCCAAAAACUUCUUCGAGGCCAAAGUCCAAGCCAUGAACGUCACCAGCCGUUUUGAGGAGGAGAUCAAGGCAGAGCAAGAGGAGAAGCGGCGGCAGGCGGAGGAGAUGAAGCAACGCAAAGCGGCCUUCAAAGAGCUCCAGUCGGCCUUCAAGCAGUGACGGGGCCGCCGCCACUGUGCUGAAGGGACUACUCCACGCAAAUGGAGAGCCGUCGGAAACGCCUCGAGCGGCUGUUCGACUUGCAGGUCGAGUGGCCGCUGAAGGCGCAGAAGUUGACCCCGAUGGCCAGUUGGCCACCCUGCAUGGCUUGCACAAGGGGGCGGUGCUGGAAAGAGCCGCGCCCGAACCUCCAGAGACAUGUCCUUCUGCGUCUCGCGCUGUAAAUACCGCAGGCGGGGAACGGAAGCCCCCCGAUGCUCCACCUCCAUCCGCAUGCGUGUGAGCCCGUGCCGUGUUUGCCCCGUGAAUGGUGUCUCUUUGUCUCCGUGGGGAGCUCCCCCACUCUUGGUGUGGCCUGAGCAUAUGCACAUGAGACUUAUGUGUCAUGUUGUCUCCCAGUUAUCACCAUGGUCGUGUCUCAAUGUGUUUAGAGGUAGAGAGCAUUAGUGGUCGGUGGCCUCCAUAUCCGUGGGGCAGCGAAUCCGGAUCAGGACCUUCAGGUGGCUUCCCUUUGAUGGUGUAGGAACAUCUAUGUGGAUACGGAGGUUGGCGUUGACUUCCUCUCUCCAAUGUAUUCAGACAUCUUCCCAAUUCACGGCCUCACUGUGAUAGACCCACAUCUACAGUCUGGUGGAGAGUAUUGGGACUUAGAGUAGGAUGUCCCCAUAUCCAGGCACAGAUUGGUGACAUCAUCCACUCAGCCUUCUGAAGGCUCCCAAGCUCAUCUCAAUGCAACAUAGUCUCCAUCUGGCUACCUUUGACUAUCUUGAUGUGGACCAAGGACAUCUUACUCCAAGGAGAAUUGUGCCAUAGUCUUGAUGUAGACCAAGGACAUCUUACUCCAAGGUUUUGUUGAACCUUGAUAUAUGGAAAUGGAAUGGUGAGAUAUGGAAAUGGAAGUCCACCUAAGGCUUAUGUAGGUAGUAGGUAGGUAGUAAGCUCUCCCAGUUGGAUUGUAAUUGAACAUCUCUCCUCAGUUCUCCCUCAGUUCUCCCAGAUGGAUUGUAAUUGACCCACUUCCACAUCGAUUCUCCCAGUUGGAUUGUAAUUGACCCACUUCCACAUCCAUAUGGGUGUAGCUUCCUAUCAACCAGUGGAGUGUCUUCCCAUCUUUGGCAUCUCCCUUAACCAAACCUGAUGGUGGCAGCUUGACCCUUCAGAUGUUUCAUCGGUUCAGAUGCCACCAGAAAGAAGGACGGGAUCCAAUUCCGGCCUAUAUAAACCUUAGGUGGACUUCCAUACCUACAUAAGCCUUAGGUGGACUUCCAUUUCCAUAUAUCACCAUUCCAUUUCCAUAUAUCAAGGUUCAACAAAACCUUGGAGUAAGAUGUCUUUGGUCCACAUCAAGACUAUGGAGGUAUAUUCAAAGGAACACUGCAUUGUGAUUUGGGGAAAUGAUGUCACCUUCUCCGAUUAUGAAGGCCAGUUGUGUCAGGAUGAGGACUUGAGAGAGGAAACUACUUGCCGUGGGUAGGAUUACCCCAGUCUUGGGCCACAACUGUGUCUCAGAUGAGGUCCAAAUCUAAACAAACCCUUUCUCUCAGCUCGUAGCAGGAGAAGGUUCGUGCUGUAGGCCUCACUUUGAACAUCUCCCCUCAGUUCUCCCAGUUGGAUUGUAACUGACCCACUUCCACAUCCAUAUGGGGUGUAGCUUACCUAUCAACCAGUGGAGUUUCUUCCCUUAACAAGACCUGAUGGUGGCACCUUGAACCAUCAGAUGU